AUGCCUGGGGGAGCAGGAGCAAACGUAGGAGGAGCUCAGCCGGCUAUAGCCAUCCCUGCAAAUGCUAGGCGCGUGAAUGUGGAUAGGUUUGUGCCUGUCAAUAUGAGCCCUGUGGUUGCUGCAUUCACCUAUCGUGCUGGUUGCAUCUUGCAGUGGGUCCGAGUCUACGGCUCAGAUUCCAUCUUGGAGACACAAUGCUUCAUGAACGACCCUCAGAGCAAGGUUCUGCCCAUGCGCCACCCGUUCCGAGACCUCCCAAGCUUGCUGGUCAGGUUUGGCGCCAUCCCCAAGCCUCUGGAGGGAAGCAGCGGCCCCUUGGAGUGGGAGGAGUGGCCUGGGGGCGACGAAGCUGCUGUAAGGUUUCCUGUGAACCGAAGGGCGAGGUGUUUUGGGCUUGGGAUUGUAGAGGAGAAUGGUGGCACAGCUGAGAAGCUGACUCAGUAUCCUCCUCAGCGAACGUCUGAAGCAGGAGGGGGCAGCAGCCGUGCAAAGGAGAAAGGACGCAAGGCAGUAGGUCAAGGAGCUAGCCAGGAAGCUGAAGAGAGCAGAGGGUGUGGAGGAUCUGAAGCAGGAGGGAUCACCAGGAACGCAAGGAGGAAAGCCUGUAAGGCAGUAAGAGCUGGUAUGGAAUCUGUUUCGAGCAGGCCGCAUGGGUCAGCUGAAGCAUCUCGAGCAGACGAGCAGAAAGUUACUUUGCCCCCGCCCAGACGGAAGCUUCCUAUCGUCCGCUGCGAGGCAGACGUGGAUUUCCUGGUGGGGUUUGCGGGGUAUAUCAUGGACCCUCCUGCAUGCACCAAAUGCAGCACAUGCUCCGCAGAAUUGAUGCAAUCCGUGUGCAUGGCUGCUCUCAUUGUCACCUUCGCUUACCGGCCAGUAAGCCAUCUGUUCUCCCGUAUGCUCUCAGUAUUCCCGCCCUCCUCUCCUGGCUUUGACGAGCUGGUUGAGAGCCUGGAGCUUCCUGGACGCCUACCCAGGCCGUUGAAUCUGCAUAUGCUGCUGAGACGAGCCGAGCAGGUGCCUUUGUAUUUCCUCAUUCACAUGGCUGUGUGGUGCGCUCGUCCUCUUCUAGGUCUUGCUGGUUUCGAAGGAGGGGAGAGUGAGAAAGGGCAGGGAGUGCCGUCAGGUGCACGGAGGAAAGGUGGGGAGGGAGCGGGAAAAGGCGGCAGUGUGAAGGUGCAAGGCGGCUGGGAUGGUGAGAUGGAUCAGGCGAACGGUGGAGAGGUGUGGGAAGAGCGGCGAUCGUCCCGAGGUACUGUGAGGGGUUGCAGGGGCAGCAAGGGCGUGCCAGGGGGAGCAGCACUGCCAGCAGCAGCAAGAGCAGUAGCAGAAGCAGCAACAGCAGCAGCAGCAGCAGCAACAGCAGCAGCAGCAGCAACAGCAGCAGCAACAGCAACAGCAGCAGCAGCAGCAACAGCAGCAGCAGCAGCAACAGCAGCAGCAGCAGCAACAGCAGCGGCAGCAGCAACAGCAGCAGCAACAGCAGCAGCAGCAGCAACAGCAGCAGCAGCAGCAACAGCAGCAGCAACAGCAGCAGCAGCAGCAGCAGCAACAGCAGCAGCAGCAGCAACAGCAGCAGCAGCAGCAGCAGCAGUGAGAAGAAGGGCAAGGAGGGGGAGGAGCUGGCUUAUCUGA